AUCCAGCUGAUAUUCCGAUAACCUCAAAAGUUUACAAAACAUGGGCAAUUGAGUUGUUUUGGUCUUAAAUUUUAAUAGUUAAUUGUUCAGUUCAUGAUAUGACGACAUCCGAUGCCGCGGGUUAAAUGUCGCCGCGAUCAAUGAUAAGUGGGGAAGACUCGUGGUUAGUUUGAUCAUUGAUAGGUUGUGGAGCCGCGUCGAGGUCAAACUUUUCGUUUAAUUGCAUCGUUAUUACGUUUCACGUUUUACUAGCCAGUCGCCGCAUAGCAGGCUGAUGUGUAGUGCUAUCUUGCGUGGUGUAGUAGUGAGUAGAAGCUUAACUAGAAUGUUUUCAUCAAAACACUCCUAUGAGGAGGCUGUACGUAAACUAAACUCUCUACAGUCGCUUAAAGCAAGAAUUGAAGAGAUUGUUAAAGAGAUUAAAGCAGGAAAAAGAUGUACAAAUAUGGAAGAUAUGGAGAAUUAUUUACUAAGGACUGGAGUUACUCUGUCUGACUUAGACCAACUGUCUGUGAUACAUGUAGCAGGAACCAAAGGGAAGUGUUUCUCACGUAGGGUUCAACGAGCGCGAUGUGCGAAUCAAUACUACGGCGGCACGGGUUUCGCACGGGGUUCUACUCGUCGCCUCACCUUGUCGCCGUGCGUGAGCGCAUUCGCCUCGGUGGCCGCGUGAUGAGCGAGGAGAACUUCGCACGUCACUUCCACCGGGUGUACGACAAGCUGGAGGCCUCACAGGCGUUCGAGGGCGACAUGCCGACGUACUUCCUGUUCCUGACGGUGCUGGCGUACAACGUGUUCCUGCAGGAGAAGGUGGACGUGGCCGUCGUCGAGGUCGGCAUCGGCGGCGCGCUGGAUGCCACCAAUGUGAUAAGAAAAGUUCCUGUAGUAGGCAUAACGGCGUUAGGGCUGGACCACACAGCCAUCCUAGGCAACACAUUGCCUCAGAUAGCGGCCGCCAAGGCUGGUAUUAUGAAGCCGGGCUGCGAGGCGUUUACAGUGCGACAGCCGCCAGAGGCUAUGGAGGUGUUGAGGCGCGUCGCUGGUGACGUCAAGUGCACACUAAACGUAGUUCCCGAUUACAAAUCUUAUACAUUCCCGAACGGGUACAAGACACAUCUUCAAAACAACCUUGACGCCUUCCAUACCAACGCGUCGCUCGCCAUACAACUGGCCCACAGCUGGCUAAGGAUCAACCAGCUACAAACCAUGAACUUACGCAACGCUCUCAAAAGAACUAUUGUCAAUAGCAAAGUGAUACAAAACGGUUAUAAAAACCUAGACGCGCCUUAUGGGUUGGAUGUGGAAAAGAAUCUCUUGGAUGGAGGCAUGGUGUGUCAAGUACCAGCCGAGACAGCGCAAGGCCUGAGCGAGUGCAAGUGGCCUGGGCGAUACCACGUGGUGGACGCUACGUAUGCGAAGUUUUACUUGGACGGGGCUCAUACUAAGGAGUCGAUAGAGAUCUGCGCCAGUUGGUUUAGUGAUAAUAACAGAAAUCAAGACAAAAUCCUAAUAUUCAGCGUGACAGGAGACAGAAAGCCUGAAAUAUUGCUGAAACCGUUAGCAGACUUGGGAUUCACGCAUGUCUACUUCGUGGUGCCGACAGCGCAUAAAGCGAUAAACGAACACAACGACAACUAUUCGAAAGUGGAGCAGGCAGAUUUUAUAUCUAGAUGUGAGAGAAACGCCGAGGCUUGGAAACAGCUGAAUGAAAACGCGGGACAUAGCAACAUUAGUGUUCUAGAAUGUGUACACGAUGCGCUAGUAAGCAUAAAGAAUAACAACAAAAACUGCAAUGUAUCUGUGCUAGUUACAGGUUCCCUACAUUUAGUAGGUGCCACUCUAUGUAUUUUGGAUCCGAAUUUAAAUACUUAAUGUAAGGAAAAGUGAUAAUAAAUUAAUAUUUA